AUGAAGAGACUUCAGAGAAAUAUGAGCGUAUUCCAGCAAACAAAAAUUCUCUUGUGGAAGAAUGUACUUGUCAAAUGGAGGAUGAAAAGGCAGAGCUUUCAGGAGUGGACCCUGUCUCUACUUUUUCUGCCUCUGAUAUUUUUAGUAAGUUUGUUCACAAUGCAUACACGCCAUCCAGAAGUGCCUUACACUUAUCUUGGGCAACUUGAUGAUCCUGCCUUUGAUACUACUGGGGUUACUGUUGCUUAUACACCCAUAACAGCAACCACAAGACAGAUAAUGAAUAAGGUGGCCUUGAAAUCUGUAAUGACAGGUAUAAAGUUAGAGGCAAUGGAAAAUGAGAGAGCGCUGGAGCAAGCAUGGAUUUCAAAUAACACAAUUAUAGGGGUUGUAUUUAAAGACAACUUCUCCUAUCGCCUCAGAUUUUCUACUUCGAGAUUAGUUAUUCCAAAUGAGAAGUUUGGAUACAUAGAUACCUGUUAUAAUUUCUCAUCUCAUUACUGUAACAGUCCAAAGUAUUGGUACAGAGGUUUCCUGUCCUUGCAGUCCAGUAUCGAUGCCGCUAUUAUAGAGGGGGUGGCAAAUCAUUCUGUCUGGGAAGAAAUGAAAUCAAUCGCUGGUAUCCGUAUGAAAUCCCGGGGUGUCAUCUCCUCAAUCUCAUUGGAGUACAGUUAUCUCAUGAUUACUGUCGUGAUGUGUUUCUCUGCAUUCAUGCAUUUUUUAUCAAUGCAAAUUGUAAAAGAAAAGAAGAAGCUCAAAGCAUUGAUGAAGAUGAUGGGAUUACAUGAUAUUGCAUUUUGGCUCUCCUGGAGUUUGCUGUAUGCUGUCUAUGUGCUGGUCAUGUCCUGCUUGCUGACAGCCAUCACCGUGCAGGAUGCUUUCUACCUUAGCAGCUUCCCUGCAAUUGUACUGCUAUUUUUCCUGUAUGGCAUGGCAUGUGUCCAUUUUGCUUUCCUGCUCUCCUCCCUCCUAAGGACUUUUAAGCUUGUUGAAUCCAUCGUCUUCCUCUUCAUCUUUGUCUUUGGAUCCUUAAGCCUUGCAGUGCUGGUAGAAAAUAUUCCUGAACCCAUGCAGUGGUUUCUCAGUCUCUUUUGUCCUUACGCGUUUAACGCUGGAAUCGCCAAGAUUUUCCAUUUGGAAAAAUUUGGGAUAGGUUUCUAUUUUUCUAACCUUAUGGAGGAAUCAUACUUUUUAUUUUCAACUUACAUUGUGCUGAUCUUUGACUCUGUCUUGUAUCUGCUGUUAGCUAUCUACUUUGAUAAAGUUCUGCCUGGCAGAUACGGCAUCCCCAAUCCCCCCUUCUUCUGCCUGAAGCCCUCAUACUGGAUGAAGAGCAGGAGAAGCUCCACCAGCAAGAGGCCCCAGUCUGAAAUGAGCCCCGAGGAGCUGCUCGGUGACGACGUAGAGCCUGUGCCCCCCGAAUUCAUGGGGAAGGAGGCCAUCAGACUCAUCAAUAUUAAAAAAGUCUAUAAGCAGAAGGAUAAGAAAACAGAAGCCUUAAGAGGUUUAUUUUUAAACAUUUAUGAGGGCCAGAUCACUGCCUUACUUGGUCACAGCGGGGCUGGGAAGACAACACUGUUAAACGUGCUCAGCGGACUUACUUUGCCUUCUGAAGGUUCUGCCACCAUAUACAACUCCAACUUGUCUGAAAUGGAAGACAGGAAAGAAAUUAGAGAGAUGAUUGGCAUCUGCCCACAAUUCAAUGUCCAGUUUGAAGUUUUAACAGUGAAAGAAAAUUUGCAGACAUUUGCUGAAAUCAAGGGCAUCAAGUCCAAAGAUGUAGAACAUGAGGUGAAAAACAUUUUGGAAUUACUGGAUAUCAGCAACAUUCAAGACACUCAAGCUGAGAAACUGAGUGGUGGGCAAAAACGAAAGUUAUCCAUUGCAAUAGCCAUGCUUGGAAACCCCCAGGUUUUGUUGCUGGAUGAGCCAACGGCUGGGUUGGAUCCCCUUUCCAGGUAUCAAGUGUGGAGCCUUCUCAAGGAGCACAGGAGGGGUCGAGUGAUUCUGUUCAGCACCCAGUUCAUGGACGAGGCCGAUAUCCUCGCAGAUCGCAAGGCUUUUAUCUCACAUGGGAGGCUAAAGUGUAUUGGUUCUUCUCUGUUCUUGAAGAAAAAAUGGGGAAUCGGCUACCAUUUAAGGAUCCAUGUCAGUGAGUCUUGUGACUUAGAGAAUGUUACAGCUCUGGUUAAACAGCACAUCCCAAAUGCUGUAUUCUCAGGACACCGUCAAUAUGAGCUGCAAUAUAAACUGCCAUUGGAGAAUGUGAACAAAUUCCCAGAUCUGUUCAGUCAUCUUGACAGUUGCUCUGACCAGGGAAUUAUCAACUAUGGAGUUCACAUGACAACGCUGGAGGAUGUCUUCCUAAAGCUGGAGGGAGAUACCACAGUUGAUCAAGAAGAUGACCAUGCCUUUGGUGAGGACCGGGCAGAGGCUGGAGCGAGGUCCCUGGAUGAGCUGGAGCAGGGUGUCCUGCUCUCGGAUGUCGUAGAGGCGACGGCGAGCGGCAUGGCUCUCUGGAGGCAGCAGGUCUGUGCCAUGGCACGGGUUCAUCUCUUGACGCUUAAGAGCUCGUUGAAAAACCUCGGGUCAAUCUUGCUGCUCUAUGUGGUUUUUCUGAUUCCUAUUAUUUUGCAAAUGGCCCUGGUUGCUGCAUGGCAAGGUGUAAGUGCCUGGGAGCUGUUACCUGCGCAAUAUUUUCUCCCACUUGGCAGGAAGGCUCACUCGGAGACAACCACCCUGCUCAUCCUCAAUAAAACAGGAUCAGGUAUCGAAGACUUUAUCCACAGUCUAGAACGUCAAGAUCUAACAGUGGAAAUAAGAAGCGAGGAAAAUAUCACAGAGGAGCUAGAACAUAACGGGGCUAUAAAAGUGUCUCGAGAAGGGCAGAGCUACAGGUUUACCGUAUUAUGUCACAUGGAGGCUAUCAACUGUUUUCCCGUGCUCGUGAACAUCAUUAGCAAUGCUCUGUUGAGAACUUUCAAUUCCACUGAACAUAUUCGGAUUUGGAGUCACCCCUUUUUCAGUAUAGAUGCACGAUACUGGGAUUAUUUUCUUUCUUUUUACCUCGCUUAUAUGCUGAUCUUAUUCCCUGGUUUCCCUCCUCACUUUUCAAUGGGCUACUUGCAAGAUUACAAGGCAGGAGCUCGUUCCCAGCUGCGGAUCUCGGGGCUCCUGCCCUCAGCCUACUGGUGUGGCCAGGCACUGGUGGACAUCCCUCUGAGCUGGCUCCUUCUCUUCUCAAUGUUUGGGCUCCAGUUUGCAAUGAGUAACAAAGUUUCUGGGAGUGCUGGUGUCUUCUGUUUGCUGGUUAUGGCUAUUUUUGGCUAUGGAAUGUCUAUUGUUCUCCUUGUAUAUUUAAUCUCCUUCCUGUUUCGCAAAGGAUGGAACUGUGAUUUUUGGUCUUUUAUCCUGAUAGUGGUAAGUUUGGUUUCUUUUGUUAUCAGCAGAAUUGUGGAUUUCUCAGUGGAUUCUAGCAUUUCCCUGCAUAUCACGCCUCUCUUAUUUCCUACAUAUCCACUGCUGGGCUUCGUCAUCAACUGCUACUAUAUUUUUCUAGAAGAUUCUGGAAUAACCUUGGCACCUCCAAUCCAUGAUGUACUAACAGCUGUCUUUGCACCUUACAUCCAUUCUGUGGGUUUCAUUUUUCUACUUCGGUAUUUGGAGAUAAAAUAUGGAAGACCAGUUCUGAGAAAGGACCCAAUAUUUAGGAUUUUUCCAGGAAAAGAGAACAGGCACCAGAACUCCGAGGAGCUAGAAGAAGAAGACGAAGAUGUUAAAGCUGAAAGAACAGCAGUGAGAAAUGCCAUAGCAUCUCCAAGUCUGGAUGAGAAAUCUGUUGUUGUUGUCAGCAAUCUAUGCAAGGAAUAUAAAAUAAAGAAAGCUGAUUCUGUAUUUAAGAAGAAAAAGAAAAUGGCAACCAGAAAUGUCUCCUUCUGUGUGAAAAAAGGAGAAGUAUUAGGACUUCUGGGGCCCAAUGGAGCAGGUAAAAGCACAGCUAUCAAAAUGAUUACUGGAGAGACGACACUGACUGCUGGGCAGGUGCUGAUGCUGAAGAGGGAUGGAGCAAGCUCCCACCUUCAGGACCACACACCGGGUUUCCUGGGGUGCUGCCCUCAGGAGGACCCACUCUGGCCGAACCUCACGGUCCAAGAGCACCUGGAGGCCUAUGCUGCCGUGAAAGGGGUGAGGAAGGAGGACGUGGCUGCCGCUGUCAACCGAAUAGUGAAUGCCCUGGGGCUUCAGGAGUAUUUAAAAAAAUCAACCGGAAAAUUAUCCACUGGGAUAAACAGGAAGCUGUGCUUUGCAGUUUCCAUGCUGGGCAACCCCACGGUCCUGCUCCUGGACGAGGUGUCCACCGGCAUGGACCCCAACGGGCAGCGCCGUGUCUGGAAAAUGAUCCGUGCUGCAGUGAGAAACAAGGAGCAGGGAGCGAUUUUGACCACGCACUACAUGGAGGAGGCGGAGGCGGUGUGCGACCGGGUGGCCAUCAUGGUGUCCGGGCGGCUACGGUGCAUUGGCUCGAUUCAGUACCUGAAAAACAAAUUUGGCAAAGGUUACGUACUGGAAAUUAAAGUCAAGGACACAGAGCGCACUGAUCUUCUGCAUGCUGAGAUUUUGAGGAUUUUCCCAAGUGCAGCCCGUCAGGAGCGGUUUCCAUCUUUGCUAGUCUACAAAGUCCCAAUGGAAGAUGCCUUGCCCCUGUCGCAGUCUUUCACCAAGCUAGAGGAAGCCAAAAGAACCUUCAACCUCGAGGAGUACAGCUUCUCCUUGAACACUUUGGCCCAGGUAUUUUUGGAACUCUCCCGAGAGCAAGAGAAAGAAAAUUUUGAUCUAACUUUGGAUGGAACUUUUGACUGGAAACAACUUCAACAGGAAGACAGCUGAAGACCUGAGAUGCUCAUUUAUACAAUUAUUCUGUAUUAACCUAAGUGAUCCGAUACUGCACGUAUUUACUACCAUUAUCAGCAUAACGAGACGGGGAACAGGCUCUGUCUUCCCAGAGAGUGUGAGCUGAGGGCUACU